GGGCUUCCCGUCUCUCUCGCACCCUCUUGAAUCCCUACGGGGUAAUGUGCGUCCCGCUCCCUCGGCCGGCUCCCUGACCCCGGUUCUCCGAGAGGCCUGACCGCGCUCCCCAGUGUCCUCGACCCCGGCCGGUCAGGUCGGCUGCCAGCCCCACAUCCCCCGCCAGCCGCAGCCAUGAGCAACCGGAGGAAGGACCACCUUGGUGCCAGCAGCUCAGAACCCCUCCCGGUCAUCAUCAUUGGCAACGGUCCCUCGGGCAUCUGCCUGUCCUACCUGCUGUCAGGCUACACCCCCUACGUGAGGCCGGACGCCGUCCACCCGCACCCCCUGCUGCAGAGGAAGCUCUCAGAGGCGCCGGGGGUCUCCAUCAUGGACCAGGACCUAGACUACCUGUCCGAAGGCCUGGAAGGCCGGUGCCAAAGCCCUGUGGCCCUGCUCUUUGACACCCUCCUACGCCCAGACACGGACUUUGGGGGCAGCGUGGAGUCCAUCCUCACCUGGAGGCUCCAGAAGGAGCGAGCGAUCCCCCACCUGGUCCUGGGCCGGAACCCGCCUGGGGGCGCCUGGCAUUCCAUUGAAGGCUCCAUGGUGACCCUGAGCCAAGGCGAGUGGAUGGGGCUCCCUGACCUGCAGGUCAAGGACUGGAUGUGCAAGAAGCGCAGAGGUCUUCGCAACAGCCGGGCCACGGCCGGUGACAUCGCCCACUACUACAGGGACUACGUGAUCAGGAAGGGCCUGAGCCACAACUUCGUGUCCAGCGCCACAGUCACGGCCGUGGAGUGGGGGACGCCCAAGCCCAGCAGCCCUGGGGCCCGGCACCCCAGCCCGCUCUUCCAGGUGAGCGGCUUCGUGACCGCCGAGGACCAGAGCCAGCAGUCCUUCUCCCUGUGCGCCCGCAACGUGGUCCUGGCCACAGGCACGUCCGACAGCCCGGCCCGCCUGGGCAUCCCCGGGGAGGGCCUGCCCUUCGUCCACCAUGACCUGUCGGCCCUGGAGGCGGCCACACGGGCAGGCACAGUGUCCCCGACCUCGGACCCUGUCCUCAUCAUUGGGGCGGGGCUGUCGGCCGCAGACGCGGUCCUCUACGCCCGCCACUACGGCGUCCCUGUGAUCCACGCCUUCCGCCGGCCCGUGGAUGACCCCGGUCUGGUGUUCAACCAGCUGCCCAAGAUGCUGUACCCCGAGUACCACAAGGUGCACCAGAUGAUGCGCGAGCGGUCCAUCCUGUCCCCCAGCCCCUACGAGGGCUACCGCAGCCUCCCCGAGCACCAGCUGCUGCUCCUCAAGGAGGACCGCCAGGCCGUGUUCCGCGACCCCCAGGGCCUCCAGAAGGUCUUCGGCGUGGCCCUGGUGCUGCUGCUCAUCGGCUCCCACCCCGAUCUGUCCUUCCUCCCGGGGGCGGGUGCCGACCUCGCUGUGGACCCAGACCAGCCACUGAGCGCCAAGAGGAACCCCGUUGACGUGGACCCCUUCACCUACCAGAGCAUCCACCAGGAGGGCCUGUACGCCAUGGGGCCGCUGGCCGGGGACAACUUUGUGCGCUUCGUGCAGGGCGGGGCCCUGGCUGUGGCCAGCUCCCUGCUGCGCAAGGAGGCCAGGAAGCCACCCUAGCACCUGCCCAGCAGCCUGACACCCAGGCCCUAAGAGGAGGGAGGUCACCACAGCCCUGCUGGACGCAGAGCCCAUCCCAGGACGCCCCAGUGAUGGAAGGGGCCUCUCCUGCAGGAGACAGGAGCGGCCAUGAGCCCACGCAACAGGCCUCUCAGAUGAAGAGUGGGAAACCCAGACUGCCCGGACUCAGACCAGGGUAGAAACAGUGGCCACAGGACACGGUAGGCCCAGAGCUGUAAUUGGGGGUGAAGUGGCCCAUGUGAGCCGGGAUCACCAGGGCCCGCCGAGCACUGAGCCAGGACUCCCAGGCCCCGCUCUUUCCAGAAUCAGGUCCCAAAUAAAACCAGCA